AUGGCGGUGUAUUACUUAGAAAAAGACGCGGCAGAAUGGUGGGAGAGUAGGGAUCGCCAUGUAGGACAUCUGGUCACCACUUGGGCGGCAUUCAAAAAAGAAUUUGAACGCAAGUACUUCACUCCUGAAUCCAAGCGAAGGCUUCAACGUCAGUUUGCAAACUUGGUACAAGGAGAUAAGACGGUUAGAGAAUAUGAAUCUGAAUUUAUGCGAUUGCGACGACAUGUGCUGCGAGGACAAGAUGAUGAAGAAACCAUGGUAUCUAACUUUAUGUUUGGUCUAAAACCAGAGUUGGAAAAUAGACUGGCAGUCGGAAACUACGAGAGUCUCACCGAGCUAGUGGAAAAGGCUGUGAAUGUGGAGAUUGGAUUGGAAGCUGAGAAGGCGGCAACUAAGAAAUCCAAGCAGCAUCAAGAAGGAAAGUAUGGUGGAAACCAAAGAUCUUUUAAGGGUAAAGAUAAGGAAAAGGAAUCGGGAGGGCCAAGUCGACGAUCUCUGUUCACAGGGAAAUGCUUUAACUGUGGCAAGAUAGGCCAUAAGUCAAGUGAAUGCUACGGGAAGAAACCUGGAUCCUUUCAGUCAAACUCCUACAAUCCUACAUGUUUCACGUGUGGAAAGAAAGGGCACAUCUCUACCCAGUGCAGCUUCAACCGUCCUAUCCUAGCUACGCCAAUCACUGUCCAUCCUCCUCCAGCUCCACCUGCAAUCGCACCAGCGCCAAAAAGGCAAGCUAUAGGAGGUAGAGUUUACGCUUUAGAACUAGAGGAUACUAAACCUCCAGGCCCAUCUAAGGGUCCCAUCACAGGAACUUUACAUGUUGCAGGGCGUCCCACACAUGUAUUGUUCGACUCCGGGGCAACACAUAGUUUUGUGACCCCUGAGGUAGCUGCCGAGUUUGUGGGAUCAUUUGUGAUUGACAGGAUGGAUGUGGCUGUGAUGACUCCCGGAGACCAAACCCUCCAAGCAAGAAAAUGCAUCAGAAGAGUUCCGUUAGUCAUUUGA